AUGGCUGAUCUCGGUUUCGACUUCCCCGAUGAUGAUUACGAGCAAGAUGAAUCAUUGUUAGAGCAUCAAGACGACACCCAAGAUGACAUAGUGAACAAUAAGGAGAAUCAGCAGCAAGAACACGACAGUUCUGAGCCACACAUUGCUGACGCUCAACAAGAGUACACGUCUGCAGAUAGAGAGGAAACAUCCCCUACUUCCACCAGUAACAGUACUACCUCUACUGCUCUGAUACAAACUAUGUCUGAAGAUCCCAUAGAAGACGAGCUGGAAGAUGAACUGCUGGCAGAUGAGAACGUGACGCCCAUUGAACGUGUAUAUGGAUUUCGAGAAAAUGAUGCCUUGAUAAACAGACUUUUACUGGCAAAGGAGUUGUCAAGUGCAUUAGAGGAAAUCAGUUUGACAGAGGCUAUUGAGGAUGUGUUGCCCAUUAUGGACAAAUUAGCGUGUGAUACUGAUGAUACCGUCAAGGAAACAUUUGCCAGUGAACUCGAUCAGAUAUUGCUUUACUUUUACAAGAAUCUACCUGCCAUGUUCUCAAAAUCAGACCAAUCUACACCACAAGAAAAGACGUUUGCACCUCUUAUCAUCAGAAUACUGCUGGAUCAAAGCUCAGGUGUUGCCUCAUUAGGUCAACAAGCCAUUGUAUCAGUAGUGACAGAACUCCGUAGAUCGUCAGAUCAGGACCCGUUAUUCCAACAAGUCAUCAAUUGUGAAAUAUUCAAGGGCGUCAUUGAAGGUUUGAUGCUGAUAGUGGAUGGCAAAAAGAAGCCGCCUAGAACAAAGGGACAAGGAGAUGAGGAGGAUGAGGAUGCACAUGACGAUAGAGCCGAGGCUUUGAAAUACCACCGUGUUUCCAUCGACGACGGCCUUACAUCAGAGCGUAGAAGAUCAUCAGCAACGCCUGGCUUCGAGACUUCCCUCAACAUACAUCAUGCUCCACCCUCAGACGACGAAUUUGACCAAGGAGAGAUUAGCUUGGCCAAAAUUACUUGUAUUUCGUUGAUUGCAUCCAUUGUGGGCGCAUUUGACGCACAGAAAUGUACAGAAGAAUGCUUGCCGAUCAUCGAGCAAUUAUCAUCAGACUCAUUGUUUUAUGUAAGAAAGGAAGCAGCUACUGCCGUUGGAUGUUUAGCUCAAGUGGUGGAUCAGAAAGUUGCAGAAGAGAGACUUUUGCCGCUGUUCCGUAAAUUUGCUGAAGAUCAAAUUUGGCAUGUACGACGAUCUUGUGUCAUGACAUUACCUCAACUAUGUGGUGUCUUAUCUGAAGAAUCAAAAGCUGAGCUGACAGUGACAAGCGUGGAGACCUUUCGAAACGACGUAUCUCGCAAUGUGCGCAAUGCUAUGGCUGAUAUCGUUGGAGAGCUUGUCGCAAAGUUCUUGCCCGAAGGCUGGGAGCAAACAGGCCAACCUGGCAAGAUGCCUGAGCCAUUAUUACAGUACUUUCUGUCCCUGGGAUCCAACGUCAAUAAUAGCAACAAUCAGAUGCUCAAGUUGGAAAUUGAUCGCACCUACAUUUGCGCUUACAACUUUCCAGCCGUGGUGUUGACAGCAGGCGUUGGCUACUGGAACACGCACUUACGGGACACUUAUUUGAAUCUUACCAAAGACUAUCAGAUCAAAGUGCGCUGUACGUUUGCUCACUCGCUGCAUGAUAUUGCCCGUAUCAUUGGCCCUGAGCGCACAGAACGAGAUUUGGUGCAGAUUUUUGCUCUCUAUUUGAUGGACCUGGAUGAUGUGAAGCAAGGUGUCUUGGAGCAUUUGGCAGAUUUUUUAAGCACAUUGGCUGUCAGCUCAAGAAAUGAAUACAUUCCUAUCUUGGCAGAAGUCUGGGAUGGUGUCUCAAGCAACUGGCAUUUGCGAAACAUCUUGGCAGCUCAGUUGAUGGAGAUUUCCUUGUUGUUCGAUGCUUCCAGAGUGGUGGAGCAUAUCUUACCUUUGGUUGUUCGUGCUUGUCAUGAUGAAUUUGCUGCUGUAAGAGAAACCGGCGUCAAUAUCUUUCCUGUGGUCUUGGAUGUCGUCAAGCACGCCGUGGAAGAAGAUGGCGAAUCUUUAUCGCAGGCAGAGGGCUACGGAGAUGAUAUCACAGAGAACAAACGCAACUUUGCUCUAGCUUUGCUGAGCCAUGUCAUGGAACGCCUGGAUGAGUUUGCUCGAUCUGAAAACUACCGUGGUAGACUUGUGUUUGCUCAAAUUUGCAGAGCCCUGAUCGAAGCAGGCAUAGGUGCCUCUGAUUUUGCAUCAUUCUUUUUACCGCGAUUAGCCCCACUUGCCUAUGAUCCAGUCGUCAAUGUCCGUAUUGCAGCCUCUCGCGCUAUCGGCACUAUUUAUACCAACGAACCCUUCCGAAAAGAACUGAGCGAGAUUGCUGCUCCAUCAAGAACCGUGAAUCAAGCAGGCGAAUCAGGACAUGCACUGGAUCAAAUGACCUAUCGUCUUGCUCUGGACAAGGACGGAGACGUUCGAUCAUUUGUCAUGCCAUUUGUGGACCCUAAGAUACUCGAAAAACAACGAGAAAAGGAAAUGCAGGCCGCUGUUCAAAUAGCUGAAGCUGCCAUCGAAGCGAGGGCAGAGGAAAGUAGUCAUUACAACCAAGACGAGGAAGAAGAAGACGAUGAUGAUGACGACGACGAUGAUGAUGAGGAAGACGAGGAGGAGGACGAUGAAGAGGGGGACAAUGAGCAUGCCACUGAUCAAGAAGUUGACAAGAAAUCGAAGCCAGACACAAAUGAAUCAGAGGGAUCAUCCACUCCAAUGCAGGACGUCGAAAGAGCGGAAUCACCAGAGAAAGACAGCAUUGAACCAAUGGAUAUCUCCACUACCUCCACAGCAACUGACAUGGAAUCAGCGCCUAAAGCAGAGCUAGCAUUGGCAGAACCAACGCCUGAACCCGAAACUAAACUGGAUGAUGAAGACGAGAUCAUGUCUGACGCAGAGCCUGUUGCGGAAACUGCUAAACCCACUAAUACGCCAUCCACCGAAAUCACGCCUAAAAAGCCUGCUACCACUCCUUUGACAUCAACAACAGCACCUACUGCAACCACAGCUGUUGCUUUGCCUCGUUCAUCAGCCAUGGAUGAUAACGACGAUUAA